AUGUCUCUCCCCGGCCCGGCGGACGGCGGCGGCGGCACCGGCGACGACUGGUUCCUCGACUGCGGCAUCCUAGACGACCUCCCGGCCGCGGCCUUCCGUGGGACGCGUCCCCGUCUUCUUCCAACCCCAGAUUUGGUCUUAUAUUGCAGCGACUGUGUUUAUGACAGUGGAAUGGAUGGAUUAUGUGUGAUCAUGACUAAUGAUUCGCCCAAACAAUUGAGAUGGUCUGCUCUAGAUGCUGGCGACUUAAUUGAUGGGGGUUGUAUUACAAGUCCUGAUAAUGUGGAAGUCGGCAGCUAUGUGAACACCAAUGAUGUCUUCAAGGAGCCCAAUGAUGUCUUCAAGGAGCCUGGCAGCAAUAAACGUUUAAGGUCAGGAUCCAAUGAUGUGCCAACAUCUAAAGCUUCUAGGGAAAAAAUGAGGAGGAACAAGCUGAAUGACAGGUUUCUUGAAUUGGGGUCUACAUUAGAACCUGGGAAGCCAGUAAAAGCUGACAAAGCUGCUAUCCUAAGUGAUGCUACUCGCAUGGUUAUUCAGCUUCGUUCAGAAGCACAGCAGCUGAAGGAAACUAAUGGUAGUCUUGAAGAAAAGAUUAAAGAACUAAAGGCCGAGAAGGAUGAGCUUCGUGAUGAGAAGCAGAAACUGAAAUUAGAGAAGGAGAGUUUAGAGCACCAGAUGAAGCUUAUGACCUCAACACCAGCCUACAUGCCUCAUCCGACCCUGAUACCGGCGCCUUUCCCUCAGGCGCCCUUAGCACCAUUCCAUGCCCAGGGGCAAGCUGCAGGGCAGAAGCUGAUGAUGCCCUUUGUCAGCUAUCCGGGAUACCCAAUGUGGCAGUUCAUGCCACCAUCAGAAGUUGACACAUCGAAGGACAGCGAAGCGUGCCCUCCUGUCGCAUAA